UCCGUGAACCUACUAAAUGCCUGCUGCCAUGGUAAGGAAAGCCUGUCAGCUUUUCCCAAACUUUCAUGAAAACAGCAAACACAUUUCUAUCAUGUAUGCUAUGGCAACGGUUGCUACGUUACGGGUAAAGUGUACGCUGGAAGAUAUCUUUGUAGCAGGUUUAAGCACCGGCAUUUCUGAGUACGAGCACGUAGUCAGGCGCCCACACAGGCAAACAGAACUAAGGUGUUGUGUCAACACUCCUAUCACCGGAUCGUCGUCAUCAUAGGGAUUGAUUGUUCAGGGCGCACGUCACCGUGGCGGGAGCGAGGGGCGUUACCGGCGGGCUGGGCACAGGUGGGCGCCGCGCACGUCCGGUGGCGACACGGUCGGGAAUCUCACCUAAUCCUAACCCGUCUAGCUCACACUCGAGCACUGAGACUGCACAAGUGCUGGCCACGUUUUGUUGCGAACUGGCGCGAGACUGGUUAACAUCCUACAAUACAAACACAGACUGGGCGCUAGGAAAUGUGUGAGUACAGGGACUACAGGUAAGCAACGUGACCGAUUGCUCAGUCAUUUACAAACCGCGGGAAAGACCCAGCGUCUGCUGCUGUAGCCAGAGGACGAGUGUUACACGUGCAGGACUAGAACUGAGCGUGGUUUUCUGAUUCCUACCUGCCUAUAGGGUAAGGGCAACACGUCUGAACGUCGGUAUCACCAGCCACCAGCGUGGCCUUGCCGUGUAACACCACAUCCGUGUACCGUGACAGCCUUUACAAUACAAAGGGACCGGAAGGGCGCGUUGCCCAAAUCUAGGAAAUACCACUUUAAAACGGAAACUUUCUCCAAACUUUCUUAACCGUGACAUCCGCAAGCUCUGACGGCAACCAAGCGGACACGUCAAGGAGAAAACCACAACAGAUCAGCCAUGGCGCUUCGCAGACUGUGCUGUUGUUGCUGUCCUGAAUACAAACCGGCUGACGGGUUCGACGAUCUGGAGAUGCGCAGUGUGGAGAGCACUCCUGCAACUACGCCGCGAGACGCCAGGGGGCGCCACGUCCGGAGAAACUCUUCCAUUGAAUUCUGGGUACCUGGAGGAAAUCGUGUCACGUCAGUACAACCCAAAACGGAAUAUCAUGACGACGCCAUUUCCAUAGACAGUAACGGGUCCGGCCUGUCCCUUGAAAACGUGACGUACGAACCUUUCCGAGUAAACCCGAUGUUGCCCGAAGUGCGUCACAAGCCCGUGACGGUUCAGCCGCUUGGUUCUUUAGACCCGUCGUUGUACGAGACUGCUGACACGGACCGGAAGGUUUCACAGCUGAAAAUAGCUCACGCCAGACGGGGGAGCACUGAUGACGUCAAGGAAGAAACGUUAGGCACAGUCUGGUCCAAAAUACACUAUGACGCCAUCACAGAAAGGCUUGUUUUACGUUUGCAGAGAAUCAGUGACCUGCCGAGAAAGGGAGACAAUAAACUUUAUGACCCCAUGGCCGUCAUCUGUCUGUUACCGGACGAAAAACAUUGCUUCAGGUCAAAGGUCAUCCGAAAUACGUGUAAUCCCUGCUUCGAGGAUGAAUUCGCGUUCCCAUUGGAGAAGGUUAUGGAGCAUGCGCGGGACCUGCUGACGUGUGUACUGCGCAUCUCUGUAUAUGACUAUAACAGGACUCAUAGAUAUAACGUCAUCGGCCAUGCUCUCUUCCCAUUGGCUGAUCAGGACCUGUCCGGACGAAACACGGUCAAAGCGCCGAUCACGAAAAGAAGUAAGAUAACCGGUAACCUCGGAGAAGUACAGCUGUCCCUCGCCUACCUGCCCUACUUGGACCGACUGUCUGUGGUCGUCAACCGGUGCAAACACCUCAAAAUACUCGACAAAUCAGUGACUUCAAUAGAUACCUACGCGAAGGUGACCCUGAUGUGUGGGAGUGACAAGGUCAAGAGCAAACGAACAGAGGUGGUGGAGAAUACGUCAAAACCUGUUUUCAACCAGUCUCUUUCCUUCGUGGUGCCAUAUUCCUACCUAGACGACACCAGCUUGGUGAUUACUGUCAUGCAGAGGACAUUUUUGCGUUCGGAUGCGGUCAUAGGUCGCCUGGUGGUCGGUCCGUUUUUCUACGCACAAGGCGAAAGUUUGACUCACUGGGGCAAGAUGGCGAAAUCAAGCGAAGCGAAGAAGCAAUGGCAUCCAUUGUAUCUAUAAUGCAGGGCAUAGAAUAAGAUAAGUAAAACAAUAUCACCAUGUGGUAAACAACAGAAUUACAAUUGCUGUGUUAUUAAUGUGUCAGGAAAAGAAAACAACAUGUAUUUUAUACAUAAUGCGAUUGACUGCGUGUAUGACU